GAUCACCUAAGCUACACAGUACACAGAGAGGAGACUAAUUAAGAUGAGUAGUUUUGCAGAAAGAAAGCCACACGCAGUGUUAACUCCAUCUCCUCUCCAAGGCCAUAUCAAUCCACUGUUUCAACUAGCCAAGCUUCUUCACCUUAGAGGCUUUCACAUAACCUUUGUCCACACUGAAUACAACCAUAAACGCUUGAUCAAAUCAAGAGGUCCAAACGCCCUUGAUGGCCUCCCUGACUUUGUCUUUGAGACCAUCCCAGAUGGUCUUGAAGAUGGUGAUGGUGAGGUCAGUCAAGACUUAUACUCUCUCUGUGAUUCAAUCAGAAACAAGUGUCACCUCCCCUUUCAAGACCUUCUUGCUAAACUUCACCGCUCUGCCUCUGCUGGUCUUGUCCCCCCAGUUACCUGCUUAGUUUCUGAUUUACUCAUGACCUUCACUAUCCAAGCUGCUCAACAACUUCAACUCCCUAUUCUUCUCCUUUGUCCAGCCAGUGCAUCUACUUUCAUGUCUUUCUUGCACUUCCAGACACUGCUUGAUAAGGGUGUCAUACCACUCAAAGAUGAGAGUUAUCUGACAAAUGGAUAUUUGGACACUAAAGUAGAUUGGAUUCCCGGAAUGCAAAACUUUAGACUCAAAGACCUUCCUGACUUCAUAAGGACAACAGAUCCGAAUGAUAUAAUGCUAGAAUUCAUGGUUGAAGUUGCAGAUAGAGCUAAGAGAGCAUCUGCUAUUGUUUUUAAUACUUUUAAUGAGCUUGAGAGAGAUGUACUCAGUGCUCUCUCCACUAUGCUUCCUUCUCUGUACCCCAUUGGCCCUUUCCCUUCAUUUUUAAACCAAGCUCCACAGAACCAAUUGGCAUCCUUGGGUUCCAAUCUUUGGAAAGAAGACACCAAGUGUCUCCAAUGGCUUGAAUCAAAGGAACCCGGGUCAGUUGUUUAUGUGAAUUUUGGCAGCAUUACUGUCAUGUCGCCAGAGCAACUCUUGGAGUUUGCUUGGGGUUUGGCAAACGGCAAGAAGCCCUUUUUGUGGAUCAUUAGGCCUGACCUUGUCGCCGAUGGCUCCGCGAUUUUGUCGCCGAAGUUUGUCGAUGAAACUUCAAAUAGAGGCCUAAUAGCAAGCUGGUGUCCACAGGAGAAAGUGUUGAACCACCCUUCAGUUGGUGGAUUCUUGACUCAUUGUGGAUGGAACUCAACCAUUGAAAGCAUCUGUGCAGGAGUGCCAAUGUUGUGUUGGCCAUUUUUUUCAGAUCAGCCCACAAACUGUAAAUGGAUUUGCAAUGAAUGGGAUAUUGGGAUGGAAAUUGAUACCAAUGUGAAGAGAGAGGAGGUGGAGAAGCUGAUCACUGAAUUGAUGGUGGAAGAGAAAGGAAAGAAGAUGAAGCAAAAAGCCAUGGAGUUGAAGAAGAAGGCAGAGGAGGACACUAGGCCUGGUGGUUGUUCAUACUUGAACUUGGACAUAGUGAUUAAGGAGGUGUUGCUUAAACAAUAAUUGUAUGAAGUCCUUUUAUUUUCUGCAAUGCAGUACUGCAUUAAUUGAUUUAUGUUCUCCUAUUGAAUUUGUUCUACUCUCAAUCAGAGUUGAUCGAGCUCAAUGGCGUAGUGUGAUCCAUAUAACCGACUUCACUUAGUGAGAUAAGGCUUUUGUUGUUGUUAUUGUUGUCAAUCAGAAUUUAUGCUAUCAGUGGCAUUGAAUUUUUCAUCAUGUAACCUUUCAAUAAUUCAAUGUAAAAUUAUCUCCUAUAUAUUAUUACACCAUUUAAUA